CCACUUAGGAGGCCUCUUACACAUAGACCAAACUCCUUGCAGUGACACUGGCUUCCAAGCAUGUUCUCCUGUUUGGACCUCAAUGUGGUCUGUGUAUGCUCUAUGCAUUUGCCCCAUGUAGGUUCACUUGUGUUCUUCUACCUACAGAGGCCUGCAGACAGACGUCAUCCCCUGAAAAUAUCCUAAACAAGGUGCAGGCCAACGAGGAAGAGGAGAGGCUGAAUAGAGAACUGGAGCUAACAACCAAGGAGAGAAAUGAGCUGACAGAUCGCCUCCUUUAUGUGACAGGUGGAUCCAUGAGCACGAGGUAUGCAUUGCUCCAAACAAACGACCUUGUUCUAAACCUCAUCUCCCAUAGAGAGGAGAUUCAGAACCUGACCCUUACUGAGGAGUGAGUUUGGAAAUGGACUCUCUGAUUCCUCCUGUUGAAAAUCUGAACUUGUGAUCUGAGUGAAGAUUUCAGGGAUAAAGUCACUGGAGCAUGAGUUCCCAGUGUACAAUUGGAAAGCCCUUGACAGGUGGUAGCUUUGCAAGGUUCUAGGUGCUGUGAGUUUGUGGACAGUGUUUGUACUUGCUAGGAAGGUGACUGAACGCUAUCAUCUCCUGGCAGCACCCUUAGGUGACAGGUCCCACAUUGUUCAUAUCAAUGCUUAACUAGAAUGCCUGAGGCUCAGGCCUGUUCCUUCUUGUCUGUGUGCCUUAAACACUGAGACAGUAAUGGUGCAUACAUUUCUACUGAUUCCCAUUGUGCUCUUUCCAUAUUUGUCUCUCUUUCUCAUUCUCUGAGUCUGUUUACUUUUCUUUCCUUGUGGGUGUGUCCCAGUUUGUGUGUCUGUGUGUGCACAGGUCUGCAUGCAUAUGCACAACUUUUAUAUGUUUCUAUGUCCCUGCACACUUGGAAUUUAGGGGUCUGUUUUUUGACCUCAGGAUUUACCUGUAUAAUAGUUUCAUGGAGGUGUAAGUGCUUUAUUUUGGAAGCCCCACUUUCAACAGCACAGUUCUUUGCCUGUGUGGUCACAUUUGUCUAUACAUUUGUAUGCCUUGAGCAGAUUAUAAGUUUGUGGCAAUAUCUGGUCUCAUCUCCAGAAUUAUGUGUACUGUCUGCCUCUAGAAUAUUAGUUAUUCGGCUUCUAGCAUUCCACUUGUCAAAACAGGAAAAAUGAAAUCAGAGGUUUCUGGAUGUGUGUGUGUGUGUGUGUGUGUGUGUGUGUGUGUGUGUGUGUGUGUGUUAGCGUAAGAGCUGUGGCCUAGGCUCUUGACAGCAUAACAGGUUUGAAUGCAGAUCCAGCCCUCCUGAUUGAAAAAAGUGAGCCAGGGAACCCUUUAUCUGGGUGCUUAGCUUCUGUUGUCCUGGGCACACAAUUCCAAGUUUCUGAAGCUGAAGAAGAUCCAAAUAUGUAGAAUUCAGAAAGUGUCCUUCCAGGGCUGGGGUAGUACAGGGCACAGCCUGAGUUCAUAUAAUCCUAAACCUCGAUGUUCAUUGGGUUCUAUCUUCCUGGGGCCAGCCCCUACUUCAGGCCAAAUCCAUUUUAUGAAAACUUGAAGAUAAAGGAGAAAGAGGUCAUGUCAUUACUCCACAACUUAGACACAAAGAACAUUGAACAUCGUGAGAAAUUUCAGGAGCUCAAGAAGGAGAUUAACUUCUAUCGCAACCUGCACAGCCGUCUCCUGAUGGACCAGGCAUGUAUGAAGAAGAAGUUGGUCACAUUGAAGCAGGAGAGCAAGGAGUUACAGCGAUAUUUGUUUGAGUUGAACCCGAAGGAUGAAGAUGAACAGGAGAAGACCAGCAACCUCCAGACCCAGCAAAAUUUGGUAGGAACAAGCAGCUGAGUCAGAUUAUCAAUGUCUGAUACCAUUUGCCUAUUGGAUACAUCUUUGCUUCCCCUAUCAUCUUUCUAAUCUCCCCACACCCAAUCAGUCAUCCACUUCAUGUGAUAGAGUUAUUCAUUGCUCUGUCUGUGCACAAGUAUUCUGGGAAGUUAACCACUCUUCAGAAACUGAAUUAUUGGCAAUUAUACUUCUCUCCCCUUUUUGAAACUGCAGUCCAGAAAUGGUGACAGAGGAAUAACAUAUCACAUGACUGCAUCUCCUUAUCACAGAUUGGAUGCUAUGAAGAGUUUUGAAUGAGUUCUUGGUCGUUGUGACAAAGGUCAUACAGUGGUCAUGUGAUGGUUGGAAGCACCUUGUAGGGAUAAGAACCAAGUGCAAAUGGCAAAUGAGUCCUGGUCAUUGGCUUUGAUCUGGGUAUCAUGUGGCCUUCUCCUUUCUUCCUGCACCCCAAUUAGGUCUCCCCCCAUUUCCCCAUUCUUGGUUUGCACUGGUAGAGUCUGAGGAGAAGCUUGUUCUCCCACAGUACUGU